AUGUCCCCUCGUCGCUCCUCCAGAGCUCGCACCACCCAACCCUCCCCAGCCCUCCUCCAACACACAAACUCCUCCAACUCCUCCAACUCGUCAAAUCGAGAGAGAAGCACUCGGUCGAACCAUAAAAAUCCUUCUCCUCAAGGAUCCUCCGCUCAUCGCUCGCAAUCCAUCGAAGACACCGAGAAUGGCUCGAGGGCCGAACUCCCACAAACGCGCCAGCGUCAGCGCAACCGUGGCGAUGAUGAAGAGCUCCCUCGCGAGGAGGAUGAAGACGGUAUCGACGAAGAUGACGAGGAGGAAGUGACAAGGUGUCUCUGCGGGCAGCAGGACUAUCCAGGUCUGCCCGCUUCUCGUCGCGAAGCUCUCGGUCGCACCCUUAUCAAGCCUGAGUCUGGGCACCCACCCACAGAUUCUUCUGAUAUGAUCCCCGAUGACAUCGGCAGUAUGUUCAUUCAGUGCGAUCUAUGCAAAGUGUGGCAGCAUGGCGGUUGUGUGGGCAUCAUGGAUGAAGAGAACAGCCCCGAUGAAUAUUUCUGCGAAGAGUGCCGAAAGGAUUUGCACAAGAUCCGAGAUGAGAUCAAUGGCUCGCGAUCCUCUACCUACCUACCCGUUGCGCCGCCCGCGGCCCCGUCACCCGCGCCCUCCUCCCCCGCCUCCUCACGCGAGACCUCCCGACGCUCCAGGGAUCCCAAAUUGAGGAAUAGUGAAGGUGCCUCAAAUCCCAAGCGGCGGUCGACUAUGAACAGUCGGGAUGCUGCUUACGAUGAAGAAGAACUUAUUCGACGAGCAAUUGAGGAAAGCAAGGAGGACACAAAGAGUAUCCCUGAUGAUACGGCUCCCCAGCGAGCCAAACGCAGUCGGAGCGGAAGCGAAACGUAUGUUUUCCAGGAACAGACAAGGUUCGAAGCGUCCACGGACCACUUCCCCAUCCCCGCAGCCACGUCGAAGCACAGCAAUCCGGCGUCGCAACCGCCCUCCGAUGACGAGCACAAGCAAAAACCCGCCUUCAAUGGCACUCGGAGGCAAAGGACUGCUUCUCGAGGUCAGCGAGAUAAGGAGACUUCCGCUCCUAUCACGAAGGAUAACAAUGAGGUCGAACCCGACGCCCCGGAGGCGACUCGGGCUCGUCAAAAGGAGCGAACAAACCGACGUAAAGGAGAAGAAUCGGAAAAUGAAGGGGCAUCUCCGACGAAGCCUGCACCAAGCGAACCCGAACCAGUGCAAGCGAGCCCUAACACUCCCACUCCUCAAGAGACAACACCGGCUCGGCCCUCCACGCGCAAAUCUGGUCGACCUCCAGCCCGCCGCGGGCGCGUGGGCCGGAACCAAUAUACCAAAGACCGGGAUGCCAAUGGCACGGGGACCGAGUCCCCCCGCCGAGGCCAGUCCCAUGAUAUUGGCGGAGACUCGCCCAGGGUUGGAUAUAUUGGAGUGAACGGCACACACGUUAACGGAGACUCAACCACUCGACCAAGCAAACCACGGCACAUGCACCCGCAGCGUACAACCAUGAACGAGAUGAAGCGACGAGUAGCUGGAAUUCUAGAGUUCAUCUCACGCAUGCAGAUUGAGAUGGCUGCAGCCAGCGAAAAUUCAUCCACGCCGACGGACAGCAAUGGAGAUCGGGCCCACGGCUUGCUGCUGAAGAACAUGGUUGACCAGAUCGACCAAGCCGUGAAUUCGGCCGCCAGCGAUGGCGGGGAAUCCGCACCCACCUCCGUGUCCAUGGAGAAUGGUGAUACUCAAGCGAAAGACUUCAAGGACUUGAGUAGCGUUGAAAUGAUGGAUGUGCUCACCCGCCAUUUGCUCAAGUGGCAGCAGGAGUAUGGCAAGUUCGGUGAACGGUAG